UUGCUGUUAACAGUAUAUAGCAAUCAGUAGUCAAAAGCUUACUGCCUUUAGGAAAGCAGAUUGUAGGGUGAGACAGUAAAUGAGCUAGCAGCAAGUGCUGCUGAGUAAAUGAAAGAGCUGCUGCACUGUGGAACCUGAUGUGAGCAAAACACAAGCAAAUCUUUGAGUGGAGAAGCAACUGUCCCCCAGGAGGAGCAAACGGAAUCACUUCUAGAAGAAACAUGUUCCGGAAAAGACUUCUACUUGCUGGAAUUGUGAAUGUUCGAAAUAUCAUUUUGAACACAUUGCAGCCGAAAGGAAUAAAUAUACUAAGAAGAACACUGACAGAUAAACAGAACAUCUCAAAAGAAUCACUGACUUAUUCGGAGAAGAUCCAAGAUAAAGGCAAAGAACCCUCAGAACCUUUAUGGACUACAUUUGCUGAUAGUGUGGUCAAGCUCAGAAUAGAUCACUCAUGUUCACAAAUUCCAAUAACAGUUCAUCAGAUGUUCAAAGAGACUGUGGAUAAAUAUGGGCCUCUCAAUGCUAUGGCCAGCAAAAAGAAUGGAGAAUGGGAAAAAAUCACAUUUGCAGAGUAUUACAAUCUUUCCUUGAAAGCAGCCAAAAGCUUUUUGAAGCUUGGUCUUGAACGAUUCCACAGCGUAGCAAUACUUGGAUUUAACUCUCCAGAAUGGUUCAUUUCAGCUGUUGGGGCUAUUUUUGCUGGAGGAAUUGUCACAGGCAUCUAUACAACCAACUCUCCUGAGGUCUGCCACUACAUUGCUUAUGACUGCAAAGCCAAUAUCAUUGUGGUAGAAAAUAAAAAACAAUUGGACAAGAUAAUGCAGAUCUGGAGUCAUCUACCGUGCUUGAAAGCAGUUGUGCUAUACAAUGACUCUUUGCCAGAGAGACAUCCCAAUAUAUAUACGAUGCAAGAAUUUAUGGAGUUGGGAAAUGAGAUACCAGAUGCUACACUCAAUGACAUUAUUAGCUCUCAAAAGCCAAACCAAUGCUGUGUGCUAGUAUACACUUCUGGAACAACUGGGAAGCCAAAAGGAGCCAUGCUGAGUCAUGACAAUAUAACCUGGACGGCAGCACAUGCCAGCAGAGCAGGGGAUAUGCAACCAGCAGAAAUCCAACAGGAGACUAUAGUCAGUUACCUCCCGCUCAGCCACAUAGCUGCUCAGAUAUAUGACCUCUGGACUGGAAUCAAGUGGGGAGAGCAAGUUUAUUUUGCUGAGCCAGAUGCUUUAAAGGGCAGCUUGGUCAAUACACUGAAAGAAGCACAGCCAACAUCUCAUAUGGGAGUUCCACGAGUAUGGGAGAAAAUCAUGGAGAAAUUAAAGGACAUGUGUGCUCAGUCGGGAUUUAUGAAAAAGAAAAUGUUAUCAUGGGCCAUGUCCAUUAGCUUAGAGAGGAACCUAAGCUGCUCAGGAAGCAGUGACUUGAAGCCCUUUCGAACAAGAUUAGCAGACUACUUAGUACUUGCAAAAAUCCGCAGUGCUCUGGGAUUUUCCCACUGUCAGAAGCAUUUCUCUGGUGCUGCUCCUCUCACUACAGAAACUCUGGAUUUCUUCUUGAGUCUGAACAUCCCGUUGUACCAGGCGUAUGGGAUGAGCGAGACCACAGGCCCACACUGCAUGUCUGGGCCAUAUGUUUACAGACGUUGCAGCUGUGGCAAAGCAGUUCCUGGCUGCAAAGUAAAACUAGUGAAUGAGGAUGCAGAUGGCAAUGGAGAAAUUUGUUUCUGGGGAAGAACUGUUUUCAUGGGUUAUUUAAAUAUGGAGGAUAAAACAAAAGAAGCCAUUGAUGAUGAUGGGUGGUUGCAUUCUGGAGACUUGGGAAGAUUAGACAAGGACGGCUUCCUCUAUGUUACUGGAAGAAUUAAAGAGUUAAUUAUUACAGCUGGAGGUGAAAAUGUGCCUCCAAUCCCAAUUGAAGAUGAGGUCAAAAAGGAACUGCCCAUUGUUAGCAAUGCUAUGUUGAUUGGAGAUCAAAAGAAGUUCUUAUCAAUAUUACUGACCUUAAAGAGUACUCUGGACCCAGAUACAUCCGAUCCUACUGACAAUCUGACUGAGCAAGCCAGAGAAUUCUGCCAGAAAAUUGGCAGCAAAGCCACUACAGUGUCAGAGAUUGUGGCAACCAGAGAUCAGGCUGUUUACCAGGCCAUUCAAGAAGGAAUCGACAGAGUCAACAUGAAGUCCACUGCCAGUGUUCAGCAUAUUCAGAAAUGGACACUCCUGGAAAGAGAUUUCUCCAUUUCUGGUGGAGAAUUUGGCCCUACGAUGAAAUUAAAACGACCAGCUGUGCUUGAAAAAUACAAAGAUGAAAUUAAUUCAUUUUACAAAGAAUAAAACUAGACUUCAUGCCAAGUAUUGUCUGCAAGUUUCCCAAGAAGCAAAACAAAUUCACCAACUCUGUGUUGCAGGAAACAGCUCCCAACAAAUGCAUUUGAGGAUUUACUGUUCUAGGCUGGCACCCCUACCAUUUGUUUUGCACCCUAUGCAACAGACAUUAGAAGAGAAACAUCCAUAUAAAGAUCUAGUUGUAAUUCUGCCUGCAAAGUAAUAAAAUUUCUUGAUACAGAUAAGUAUUCCUACAGCCCUGUCAUUGUGAAUAUUUUACUUUGGGUCUUAAAUGAGUUAAACUUAACGACAUUCAUGUGGGUAUAACUGUUUAUAGUAAAGAUAUAGCUCACAUUCUUAUAAGUUGGGUAAAAGAAUAAGAGAAGACUAAUCAACAUCCUAAUUGAUAUUUCCUUACAGUUUUUAUAGUUCUGUAAUAGGCUAAAUUGAUUAUAGUUCAAACGUUUGGUAGAUAUAACUAAUCAAGUGGCACUGCUUAAUGAAACUGCUACAUCCUCGUAGUAUCAAUGGCCAUUGAGCCCUAACUGAAAUUAAAAGAUCAACAGUUCUAGAAUGUCUUCAGUGAGGAGCAUCUAAAUAGUCUUGUACCAAAAGAAAUUCUACACAGUGUGGCUUUAUUAAUUCCUCUUUCCAGCCUUGUAGUUUGUCAAGCGAGUUCUGGAUUGACCAUCCCCACACCCCCCAAAAAAAAAAAAUGAAGAUUUUUUCAAUCUUUGGUUCAUGCUGAAAGACACUUUAGUUUAGCAUUUCCCAGAGUCAAGUGAUGACAGUUGGUGGGCAUGAUCAGAAAUAACAGCCCAAGAUCAAAACCUAGACCAGGGCAAAGAUUGUCUCACUCAAUGCAGGGGACCUGAAUCAGAGUGGAUAAAGGUAAUGAUUUAAAAAAAAAUAAAUGGUUUAUUAAAAAAAACUAUUUAAAAUUAAAUUUGAGAUUGACAGCCACUAAAGCCUGAAUGCAUCUAUAAAUCAUUUAAAUUAAAAACAAAGCAGUACACUUGCUGUUGAGUUUUAAAGACAAUCAAAGCAUUGAAUUGGUGGGAAUUUCUUUUUAUGUACUUGGAACUAGUUUGUUAAAAUGCUCAACCAGAUUUUGACAGCAGUAGUCUUUUCUGCAGGUGUAGAGGGAAUAUUUUCUUCAUUUCUGUUUAUUCAGCUAGUUCAGUUUAAUGACUAAUUCAUUCAAAGUUAAGAAACUAAUUGGAAGUGGGGGGGGGAACAAAACAAAAACUUGUUUUCCUUUUCCAGUCUGACUAAAAACUAGGUGUAAGAGGAUGAGCUCUGCUAGUACUUAAAUCUUGAUGCUCAUGGUGACUAGAAACAAUGAGUUCAAUUCACUAAUUACAGAUACUUCCUUUGUUUAAUAAAUGGUUCAUUUUAAAUGCAAAACAUGUUUUGACGAGAAAAAAAGCUUGCACCCAUCACAAGGUAGUUUAGUAAAAAUAUUAAAUUGCUAUUUGUGAAUUUAAUUGAAUUUUAAUUUCCAUCUAAAUAAAUUCUGACACAAAUUGCAAGUAAAAAUUUAAGAAUCUGAUUAAAUUAAACAAUGCAACUGCUUAAGUGUACAGCUAGUGUAUCCUGCUUAGCAAAAAGAAGCAGGAAGUUUAGAGUAAAAGGUUCUAUUUGAGAAUCAAUGUUUUAAUGGUUACCAACAAGAAUCACCCGUUCUUUAGGAAAAUAACUGAAAUACUAAGGCAAAACAAUUAAAAUCAGUGAUUUAACUCAAUCAAUUCUGCGCAGAUAGGCCAGAAAACUAACUGGAAUACCAGGCAUCUUGAAGUUUUCAUCUAUUUGCAGCACUUCACAAAUGCCUACAAAUAGGAUUUUGAGGUGUGUGUGUUUGGCUACUAUGUCCCAACAACAACAUCGUUUGUUUUAAACAUGUGCUUAUUAAGAGUUUGAAAUCUUAUUUACAUAUUGUAUCUUUACAAACCUCUGUGGUACAGCUCCUCCUCCCCACCAAACCAAAUUGCUUAAAGAGCCUGAUUUUGAUAUCUAGUCCUUAUCAAAUGGAAGAAGAUAGCACGAGCUGAAGCAACUCAAAGUUCUACAAAAAGUUUGUCCUUAACUGAUAUUUGCAAUAAGAUGUAUGUACAGAGGAGGUACAGUUGAGCAUGUUUUCUUACAACCUACUUGCUGUAACGUGAUUUUCAGUAAUGUACUCAAAGCAUUAAACAAGUCAGCAGCCUAGACUUAUAAAAAAACAACAAAUGGUAUGACUUUGGGAAGUCUUUAUUUUCUCACUUUGUGCGUAAUAGUAACUCAGUUGCUCAAUUAGCAUAAUACAAAUGAAUCAAGGGAGAAGCAACCACACUAUGCACAUUCAAAUCACACUCAACCUCUGCUCCCAAGAGUUUGAGUUUGUCCUGUGAUACAGCCAAGAGAAGAAAAAGUACCUUUAUCACUAGAAGCAGUUAUUAAUGCACAAGG